AAAACAUUAGUUUGAGCGCAGAGGAUUCAGAAGCACGGUCAAGAUCGAGGCGAGAGGGGUGCGAUUGACAGAAUCACAUUUUAGGUCCGCGUGCGAAAUGGGCGCGUCGGGUCAGGGCGAAGAUGUCAGGUCGUAACAUACGUCAACCAUCAUCACAAACCGCGUCUUCUGCGCAGACCAAGAGACGCAAUUCCAGCCGACUACAGCCCACUCGGGCAGAUGCACCAAGCCCGGAUUUCAAUGCAUUUCUGUAUUCUCACCAUCACCUGUCAAGUAACCCGAUCGAGAAUAGACGUCAAGUGCUCAUCCGAGAGAGGCAAAACAAUUUGAGGAUUGUCUUCGGAGAGCACGACGCAUUGGUGCGCGAGGCGUUUCACCUAGAAAACUUUGUAACGAUGGUCGGCUAUGAGCCAGAGGACGCCAAGCAAGACAAGAGCAGCGUGUAUCACGAAUUCGAAUCCCAAUUCAAUUUACUGAACGCAAUUCCUUCGAAUCCCCCCCGUAGUACGAGGCAUCGAGCAUCUGAAGGCGCCGAAUUGCUAGCCGCUCUGACAUCAAUGUCUUCCUCUCGUUCGUCCAAAAGCAAUGGGACAGCAGCGGAGCUCGAAAGCUCGGAACUGUCAGCGCCGACUGGGCUGACCAAUAAUCGAGGCACACAUGCUCGUCAUGCUACAGACGAUUUUGCCAACGGUCACGAGUUACGACGUCUUUCUUCUCGCCACCAACCCCAUGAUUUAGCGCUUUCGUCCCCACUGUCAAACCACGCUCUCUCGACGUCUUCCGAAGGACCGACCUUGCCAUUAGUUCGGCCUCUGAAACGACCGCGUCCCAUCGAACUCAACUCCACUUUCGCGAAAGUCAAACGAAUACGCUUUACUGUCAAAUUGCCCCCCGCAGAAUAUACAAACCCAGACCAAAAACCAUCCAGACCGAAAUUUGCCAGAUCGGUGGACGACUAUUUGGACUCGUAUUUCACUGUCGGGGACGAGGAGGUCACCGUAUCUGAACUCGAAGCUUCUGCGAGUCGUGAUGCCAUCUUGUAUGAUCGAAUCACAGCUCUUCAAGCUAAAGGACGAUUACGUGCACAACCGGAACGUCCUGUGGCCGCGCCUGUCUCAUUUGAAGCCAAGAGGCCGCUCUCUCACUGGGAUGUGGUUAUCUCUCACGCUGCCAUCCAGAUGAAGCGAAUGCAGGACGAGCUCAGGGCAAAGCAGAACGUCACCAGGCGCAUUUCGAGAGCAGUGGCUGCGCACUUCGACCGGAUUGCGCAGACGGAGGAGCGAGAACGCUUGGGAGAAGAGAAACGGCUACGUGCUUUGGCGAAGUUUAUUGUACGAGAAGUGAUAAAAAAGUGGCGGGAGGCUAUCAACCAUGUCCGUGAAGUAAGAUCUGUCUUGGAGAAGGAGGAGCUUGCACGACAGGGGAAGAAACAGCUGAAUGCAAUCCUCGAACAAUCGACUCAGGUGCUGGAAGCCCAACAGAUGGAUCUCACCAGAGGUGGUCGUUCUGGUUCAGCCAGCACACCGGCAUCCUGGACCGAUUCAUCAUCUCAGUCUGAAGAAGGAACAAAUUAUGGGUCCGAUGUGGAUGGGGAUACCGACGACGAGGACACGAACGAAGAAGUGCAGUCAGACGGAGAAAUGGCUGAAGAUCACUCUCCUGAAGAACCGCACGAGCAAUUGGAAGAUACAGAUGGUGAUGGUCAAUAUGUGGAUGAUGAGACAGACCACAGCAUCCCAGAACAUGUUGAAGGCCCCGCUCUUGCAAGAGUUCAUACGAAUCACUUACAGGCCGGUGACGGUUUCAUCUCCCCAUCAACGGAAAUGGUAAACAGCGAUGCGAAAACUAUUGUCUUGAAGAGUCAUGGAUGGCGCCGCCCUCCGCGACGCAGUGACGAGCCUACAUUGGCAAAUCUGGACACGUUUGAAGAAUGGAAACAGACACAUUUCCAAAACGAUGGUCAACAAAAUAUUGCCACCGCGAACCUCGCAAAUCCCCUCAAUGGUCGUGUUCAGGCUGAACCGGUUUCUCCUGCACUUGUACUUCACGAGGAAGAUGAUGGCGACUUCAACAUGGAAGUUAGCAGCGAUAUUGAGGAGCAGGACCGCGAAAUGGAGCACGCCAUGGAAGAGGAGGACAACAAGAAUGAUGAUAGUGAUGAGGAGAUUGGAGGCCUUCAGCAAGACGCAGACAUCCCUAUCGAAGCUCUCCUACGUCAAUAUGGAUAUACUGUCUUAGAAGAUGAUGUCAAUUCCGAUCAUUGCGGUGACUUCGACACUGCUGAAGGACAAAUGACCGCCCUGACAGCCGAGAAUGGCAAGAUGUUUCUCUUGGAGGACCGUACCGUCGAGGCACUAUCAUCAACGGGUUCAUCCACCGUGAAACAGGUGGUCCCAGAGGACUCAGUUGCGUCAGAAAGUUCGACUACUGUACACACUGUGCAUUUCCAUGAGGAAGCCCACCCGGCUGCUUUAGCCUCUAUGGGGGACAGAACUGACGCGGCUGAGGAAUCUAUCUCUGCAAAGGACGAAGAAAUGGAAGAAGCUUCAGAAGCAGAGUCGAGUAUUGACAAAGCUGUGGACGGGAGAAUUCGACCGCCCUUUCUAUUGCGAGGUGCACUUCGACCGUACCAGCAUGCUGGCUUAGAAUGGCUUGUUAGCCUGUACAACAACGGACUGAAUGGAAUCCUCGCGGACGAAAUGGGUCUAGGGAAAACAAUCCAAACUAUUGCUCUUUUGGCGCAUCUAGCUUGCGAUCGCGGGAUAUGGGGACCUCACUUGAUCAUCGUUCCCACCAGCGUCUUGCUCAAUUGGGAGAUGGAGUUCAAGCGAUUCUUGCCAGGGUUCAAGAUUCUCACCUACUACGGGAGCAUCAAAGAGCGCAGGGAGAAACGUCACGGCUGGAACACGGAGUUCCAUUUCAACGUCUGUAUCACUUCGUAUCAAUUGGUACUAGCCGAUCAGCACAUAUUUCGCCGAAAGCAAUGGCGUUACAUGAUUCUGGAUGAAGCACACAAUAUCAAGAACUUCCGUUCACAGAGAUGGCAGACCCUGCUCGGUUUCCACUCUCAACGCCGUUUACUUCUCACCGGAACCCCUUUGCAGAAUAAUCUCAUGGAGCUUUGGUCGUUGUUGUAUUUCUUAAUGCCUAGUGGUUUAUCUGAGGAAUUCAGCGCGGGAACGUUUGCUGGACAGAAGCAAUUUGCUGAAUGGUUCUCAAAUCCUAUGGACAAGGCAAUCAGCAAUACUGAUGGUGCGCAAUUGGACGACGAGACACUGGAGACCGUGAACAAGCUCCAUACUCUUCUACGCCCUUAUAUCCUCCGGCGCAUGAAAAGUGAAGUAGAGAAGCAGCUGCCUGCGAAGUACGAACAUAUCGUUGAGUGCCGUCUGUCCAAGCGUCAGCGACUUCUGUACGACGAGUUUAUGCAACGGGCAAGCACACGCGAGACACUCGCCACGGGCAGUUUCCUCAGCGUGGUGAACUUGUUGAUGCAGCUGCGCAAAAUUUGUAAUCAUCCAGAUCUCUUCGAAGUUCGGCCAAUCCUGACCUCAUUCGCUAUGGGUAAAUCAAGAUCUGCCAUAGCCGACUUCGAAAUCAAAGAGCUUCUAAUUCGACGUAGAAUGUUCGCCGAAGAGGAGUUCCAGCCAGUGGAUCUCAAGGUUACCGGGCUCGUCUUUACCCACAAUGAAAACAUUUCAGCGCACGCUUGUCAUGACAUGUGUCUCUUGGAUGCAACCUCCAAGCUGCCCUUCAUCGCUGAUCUUCCAGAGGAGCCCCCGCCCCACGACAUAGUCGGCAUGGAGGCUUUUAACAAGCACAUCGAGUGGCAGGAGCGCGAAGCCACACGAGCACGUUGGCAACAUAUCGGUUACCUGAAUUCGCGUCGUUGUACCCAACACCCUGUCUAUGGCUUCGAGCUCCUCCGUCAAGUCCGGAAGAUGCACUACCAGGUGGUACCCCUUGAAGAAGCUGAGCUCAACAGGCGCUUUUUGCUGAAGAAACUGGACCGAGUUCAUGCUGCUGUGCAGUCAUAUCACCAGCGUGUUUGUUCAUUAGCCAAAUCCAUCGACCAGUUCGCGUUCGUCACCCCAGCAGCUGUCGCGCUUGAUCUGCCCCGUAUCGCACUGCCGGGUGUACAACUGGAAGAACACCCGGAUUUAGCUGAACCCGCUUUCGACACGCUACAUGAUGUCAGUGUAAAGCUUCAGAUCGCUUUCCCUGAGGCUCGUUUACUUCAGUACGAUUGUGGGAAAUUGCAGGAGCUCGACGUUCUUUUGCGGGAACGGAAAGCCGGAAACCAUCGCGUCCUUAUUUUCACUCAAAUGACAAAGGUCCUGGAUAUCCUGGAAAUUUUUCUCAACUUACACGGCUAUCGUUACCUGCGGCUUGACGGUGCUACCAAGAUCGAGCAGCGCCAACUUGUGACGGAAAGAUUUAAUGCGGAUGCUCGGAUAUUCGCCUUCAUUGCAUCCAGCCGAUCCGGCGGAGUUGGAAUCAACUUGACCGGAGCGGACACCGUCAUUUUCUACGACAGUGACUUCAAUCCCGCCAUGGACCGUCAAUGUGAAGACCGUGCACAUCGUAUUGGACAGACUAGAGACGUGCACAUAUAUCGCUUCAUUACGAAACACACAAUAGAAGAGAACAUGCUGCUAACCGCUAACCACAAGCGAACCCUGGACGAUGUGGUAAUACGGCAGGGCGAUUUCGAUUGGCGCAGGAUCUUAGUGGACGACUUGCAGAUGGAGCAGGCUUUGGCGCAGGUGGAGGAUCAAGCGGACGCGGAGGCCGCGCGCAUCGCCUUGAACGAAGAGAAGGAGGAUGCAGCCGAUUUUGAUGAUCGAAUCAGCCGUACGAAUGUGCCAUUUGAGGAUAGUGGUGCACUAGGGCCUGAAGAGGAGGAAGAUGUCGGAGGUACGACUAUCGAUUAUAUGGUCGCGUUUGUGGAGCGCGAGUGGGAGUAUUUCGGGUUGUCAUAGCGAUGUA